ACCCGGAAGUACGUCUCACAUGUACGUAUGAUAGACAAGCAUGGUGGAAGAUCACAGAAGGCACAAUGGCCCUACAUAACGUACUGCAUUCAUUCAAGAGGUUAAACUUGAUUUGUUUUAAUGAGCGUUGUGUGAUUCAGUCCCGUGGUUAUGCUAAGAAAGUAGCAACCAAAGGGAAAGGUAAAGGAAUGGUAAAAGAGGCUAUUAAGGGCCCAGAAGUCUGUAAGGACCCAGCCAGACUGUGCACACAUGCAAUCGGAGUCAACAUCUUCAAACAGGGCGAAGACCCUCCUCUUAAACCCAAGGAGGAAUAUCCAGAGUGGUUGUUUCAGCUGGAUCUUGGUCCACCCAAAAAACUCAACGAACUGGAUCCGGACAGUUGGGAAUACACUAAGCUUUUAAGAAAGGAGCAUAUUUGGAGACAUAACAAACUGCAUAAAGGCAAAAAGAUGUAAAGGGUUUAAAACAUGAAUCUUUUUGAACCAGGCGCUCAGCGGACAUUACGUGGGGAAUGGGUCAAAAAGUGUUUGUCAGCCGACUCAACGAAUACACAAGAGACUACAUCAGAGAUGUCCAGCCAGUUUAGAAAAGCAUUGAUGAAACAUGUUUUUUUAUUUCCAUCGGUGUACCUGAUGAUCAAGUGGUUGUGUAAUUUUGCUACUGUGUUCUUUGUUAACUUAAAAGUAAAGUUGCAUCAUAUUGUUUAGUACUAUUCAUUUAAUUGUGCAUAUUUGUCAUGGUCACAUGCAGAAAUAAAAUUCUUAUGCAAUUAUCAAUUAGCA